AUGUCUGAGCUAGCGAUGACCGACAUCGAACGCUCGAAUGAGGAAUCAUCAAACCUCAUUGCAACAAAAAAUGGAGAUUCUACGGUAGAUGCCACCCCAGAUGUCCCAUCAGAUAGCCCAACACAAGUCGAGAAGGCCAGUGAGGAGCGAACGUUUGAUGGAAAGAUUCAGUCCGAUACCAACGAUGAAGAACAGGCUCUUUUAAACGAGGCGAGGUCUUGGAGUCAAGGCUACAAGCUCUUUGUCUCGUUCAGUGCGAUCUUUGCGAUGUUUAAUAUCACAAUGGCUACCUCGGUAUACAUCGCAAGUAUCUACGGAAUCAUGGCCGAAUUCAACGUCGGUCUAACAUUGGCAAUUUCCCCGAUUACGUUCUACGCCAUCGGUUUUAUUAUCGGACCAAUGGCUACAUCUGCACUCUCAGAAGAAUUCGGCAGACAAUACAUUUUCAAGGCCUCAUUGUUUCUCCACUUGGUAUUCACCAUUGUCGGCGGAUCAGCUCAGGAGUUUCGAACACUCGCCGUCGCCCGUGGAAUUUGCGGUAUCGUGGGAUCGCCCUGUCUAUCCGUCUUCGCAGGAUUGUUAAACGACCUAUGGAAAAUGCCCGAGGAUAAAACCGCGACUGUUCUUUUCGCGGUGUACGGUUUGAUGGGGGGAGCAGCGAGUGAAAUCGGACCCAUUUCUGGCGAAGCGAUUGUCUCGGAUCGGAACUGGCGUUGGAGCUUCUGGCUUACAGCUAUGCUAGUCGGAAUCAGUUUCUUACUUUUGGUCACAGUUCCAGAGACAUAUGGACCGGAAAUCCGACGAAAGAGACUCGGGCAGCCUCGUAAGGGCUUCAUGAAAACUCUCGGUCCUUCCUUUGCUCGCCCUUUCCAUAUGUUUAUGGUCGAGCCGAUUAUUCCCCCUACAGCUGCUAUUGUCACCAUGGGUCAGAUUGUUGUCUUUGUGUUCUAUGCAAGCUACCCUGAUAUGCUGUCGUCGCAGUAUGGCUUCUCGUCCUAUGAGCAGGGUCUUUCAUUCAUUCCCUUGCUGAUUGGAACUCUGCUCGCAUUACCUGUUCUCUCGGCAACAAUGAAAAAGAGAGAGAAAUCCGGAAAUCCUCAGCCAGAAGAUACUAUGCCUGCUGCACUGAUUGCAGGCAUUGUUUUGCCCGUCAGUCUAUUUUGGCUUGCAUGGACCGCUCGCUCCAGUAUUCAUUGGAUUUGUCCCCUAAUUGCAGGUGGCUUCUACGGAUUUGGAUUUGCUUUGUCACAGCUUGUGUAUCCACUCUACAAGAAUGAAGUCUACGGAGCCGAAUUGGGCGCCUCUUCAUUUGCGAUCGACGUUGCGAUACGAUACACCUUCUCCUCAGUUUUCCCCUUAUUUACCAUUCAAAUGGUUGAUGCCAUGACAUUCAAAUGGGCAAUUUCUAUGUGCGCGUUUGUAUUACUGAUAUUGGCGCCGGUUCCUCUGAUUUUGCAGAAGUAUGGCCCAGCCCUGCGAGCUAGAAGUCAGUACGUCAAACGCAAGGAGGCAAUCAGUUGA